GUUGUAGGGAGGGUGUUAUUGUUGUAGGGAGGGUGCAGCAAAGGGCGGAUCAGCCAGCUGGAUGUGGUAAAUUGUUAUUUACAGCUUCUGAGCCUUUAAAAGAAGAACUUUGACGGAAUCAGUCUUCAUUCCAGAUGUGCAGCACCAUGAGGGCCCUGGUGCCUCUGCUGUCCCUGUUCCUGCUGGGUGGCCAGGCGCAGCAUGGGUCCGAUUGGACCUAUUCAGAAGGAGCACUGGAUGAGGCGCACUGGCCGAAGUACUACCCCCACUGUGGGGGCCAGAGACAGUCACCCAUUGACCUACAGAGGACGAAGGUGCGGUACAACCCUGCCCUGAAGGGGCUCAACCUGACAGGCUACGAGUCGCAGGUGGGCGAGUUCCUCAUGGUCAACAAUGGCCAUACAGUGCAGAUCAGCCUGCCUGACACCAUGCGAAUAACAGAUGCCAAUGGCACCGUGUACAUAGCCCAGCAGAUGCACUUUCAUUGGGGUGGUGCAUCCUCGGACAUCAGCGGCUCUGAGCACACCGUGGAUGGGAUCAGACACGUGAUCGAGAUUCACAUUGUUCACUACAAUUCCAAAUACCAGAGCUAUGAGACAGCCAAAGAUGCGGAGGACGGCUUGGCUGUACUGGCAGCCUUCGUUGAGGUGAAGGAUUACCCUGAAAACACUUACUACAGCAGCUUCAUUUCUCAUCUGGCCGACAUCAAGUACCCAGGACAAAGCACAACUCUGACUGGCCUUGACAUUCAGGACAUGCUGCCCAAGAACCUCCAGUACUACUACAGCUACCAGGGCUCGCUCACCACUCCUCCCUGCACCGAGAACGUCCACUGGUUUGUGCUGGCCGAUUUUGUCAAGCUCUCCAGGACGCAGGUUUGGAAGCUGGAGAAUUCCUUACUGGAUCACCACAACAAGACCAUCCAGAAUGAUUACCGCAGGACCCAGCCCCUGAACCACAGAGUAGUGGAAUCCAAUUUCGUGUACCUCCCGAACCAGGGCUCUGAAUUCGUUUUACCUGCAUAAGAUUGAGAAAGAUCUUGAGUACUUAAGAAGAGCAUGGAACAGAGGAAAGACCCAAUAUUAACUAGCUUGAAGCCAGAUCUAACUGGAGGAGGUGCCCGUCCCCUGCAGCCACACCCUGCCCUGUCUAAGAAAUCAUGUGUGUCUGGAACACGCUGCUCCCUCUGGGGCAGCUGUUGAGUUUCUGACUAAAAGAGGGGAAACUAUCAUCCUGGACAGGAAGUGAGAUGGCUCCCAUGCAUGAGAAGGGGUCUGAGUUAGACAUCACCAGUGGAAACUGACUGGAAUAGAAAUUUAAAGGAAAUAGAACCCUAACUAUUCUCCCAUCGAAUCAUACAUGUUGACCUGUCUAAAUUAUAAACCAGCCUGAACUUUCCUUUAGCAAUGGAUGUAAUAAAAUUUUGGAAAUUUGUCAUUUAAAAAUGU